UUCGCAGGGGAACAUCAUUUAGGAAUUAAGCAGUGGAUCGAUCAAAUCUUAUAUCGAGUAAAGAAACGAACUGAGAACUGAGCAUCGGGAAUAAGAACAAACGAAAAGUUCCAUAACAAAGUGAAGCCAGUGAAAAUGAGUCCCAAAGUGAGUGAAAGAAAGUCUUGGAAAGUGAAGAAAGUAAACUUCCCCCAUGAAAAGAGGAUUAAUCCGCAAUCGAAACACUUUCAGGUAUCCUUUCUGUGUAUCCUCCUGCUGCAGCUGCUGAGUGCUGCCUUCGGAGACGUAUCCCAUCUAGAGUACUCCAUCACACCCAGCUCCCAGGUGGCGUAUUAUCACUAUCCAGCACCGCGACAGUCAGUGCAGCAGCCACAGCGAGUGCCACAACAGCAGCAACAGCAGCAGAGAUAUCAGCAGCAGCCGCAACAGUACCAACAAGUGGCCCGACAAUUUGUUGCACCCCACCUGGAGCACGCUGCCUUCACACAGGCCCUCACCAGUCAGGGAUAUGUCUUCGGAGCACCCUCUGCGCCACAGGCAGCGGUCCAGGCUGCACCACAGCCCCACCAACAGCCAAAGCCUGCUCCACUGGCAGCUGCCACAGGCCGCUCCAUUGGCGGGGGAGUCGCCUCCGUGGAUGCCAACUCGCUGAACCUCAAGCUGCCGGUGCCCUUCGGCCUGGCACCCCUGAAUGUGGCACAGCUGCCCCUCCAGGCGGGUGCACCCUACGCCAGCGUGCCGCACACCACGGGCCUCACCUCCUACGGAACGCCGCAGAUCCAAAGGCGCUAGCACUCGGCCCACCCAUCACUAGUAGAAUAAAUUACAAAUAUAAUAAUGAAGAUAAAGAUAAAGUUAAAGGACAGUGUGUCAUCCCGACUGAACUGCAAACUGCGAUGACAACUGACUCCCUCAUAGCCUGAA